AUGACUUGUAGCAUUAUGAUCUGUCAUUUACGUUGUGUUGAUGACUCGCUCGUCAAGUCCAGUAAGCUCAUCAUGUGGACUUUCUGUGUUCCUUAUCAUUCUCAAUCUCGAGUUUUACGACAGAAGGGUGAGUCAAAAAUGGCGGAAGACGAAGACUACGAAGGUGAAAUGGAGGCCGAUGAUUUUGGCGAUGAAGAGCAGAUGGAUGAUUUAGAUUUGGAACCGGCCGAAGAUGAUACUGAAAGGAUACAAGUCGUUGAGGGAUCGGAGAAAACAGCAUCUACGGAGCGCGUCACAACUCCAUUCAUGACAAAAUAUGAACGAGCACGGAUCCUUGGCACGAGAGCGUUGCAAAUCGCAAUGGGUGCGCCAGUUAUGGUAGAAUUAGAAGGAGAAACUGAUCCGUUGGAGAUAGCUCGCAAAGAACUCAAGCACCAAAAGAUACCUCUUAUCGUGAGAAGAUAUCUUCCCGAUGGUUCUUUUGAGGACUGGAGUGUUGAUGAAUUAGAUGUUACUGACUGGUGA